AAGUAAACAACAUGUUUGUGCACGCUUCUGCAAUGAAUGAGGUCAAUUAAUGUCGGGAUAAUUCCCGAAUCUCUGACAAUGGAAAAGUCCCUUGGAAAUGUCACACAUGCGGAGGAAAUACUGGAAGGUUUAUACCGGUUGUGGAAAGAACAACGUUACACUGACGUCACGUUAAGUGAUGGCAAUAGUUCCUCUCAAGCACACAAGAUAUUGGUGGACGCAUUUAUGCCACAGAUAGGCAAGACCUGCAGAACAAAAUCUGACAUCAGACUAGCUGAACUUAAAACACCCAUAGAAAGAGUUCUCUCCUGGCUUUACUCAUUACCUGAAAUGGGAUUAGAAUUACUGAAACUCGAAGUGAAGCCAGCGGCUUCAGAGCUUAAAAUCAAAUUUGUUCUUGAUCAUAAGCCAAAGAUUGUCAAAAGUAAAAUAACAACAAAUGCUCAACUAAAGCAAUCUUGGAUAACAGAGUUCUCUACAAAACUACGUCAGUGUUACAAAGAUGGUUCAUUUAGUGACGUCAUUCUUAAAGUUGAUGGUCAAGUUUUCCGAUGUCAUAAAGCCGUUCUUGCCUCAGUGUCCCCUUUUUUCGAUACCAUGUUUUUAUCGGGAAUGCGCGAAACAGACGCUGAGGAGAUUGAUUUACAUGGAGUAAAGGAAUCGGACUUCAGAAUCAUUUUGGACUCUAUAUACCUAGGAGAAGAAUGCAUUUCAGUGACAAACGUUGAAAGUCUGAUUUCAACGUGCACAUAUUUUCAACUGAAUAGAAUACAGGUGCAAUGCGAGAGAUUCCUAGACAGGAACGCUGACCCUGAAAACGCCCUCGGUGUGUUGAGAUUAGCAGAAUUAAAUAGCAUUGUUUCUUUGCGACAGAAGUCUUUGUCGUAUAUCGUUCAUAACUUUCAAGAAGUUGUCAAGUGUAAAGAAUAUCCCUCAUUGUCAAAAGAACAAUUACUGGAGAUGAUUAAGGACGACGAUUUGAAUGUGGUAGACGAAACAGAAGUGUUUGAAGCUGUACUCAAGUGGUUUUCUUCGUACAAUCGUCCACAUGAGGAUCUGGAAAUUAUCUUACAGGGUGUUAGUCUUCUAGACGUCAGACAAUCGUCCAUCAAGGCCGCAAUCGCCGACGAAAACCUGCCACAGGCCUCGUGCACUAUCCUGCAGUCUGCCGUCGAUAAAGCCAACACACGAAGUGCAUCUUCAGGGAGAUUUCGCAACGAGCAGGUGUUACUGGUCGUGAGGGCUAGUGGUCAGGAAAGUGGUGUACACGUGGCAUGUUUUAGUUUCAAAACUAAGCAAUGGUUUCGACUGGCAUCAAUAAAAGGAUAUGAACCUGGUAGUGCUUUUGCUGCUUGCUCACUUGGUCGGUUUAUUUAUCUGACAGGAGGUUCCGGGAAUCCAUGCGCGUUUUUCGAAUAUAGUAUUGGCGAUAAUGUAUGGACGUCUUUGCCUAAGUAUAGAGAAGCGAGAUCAGAGCACGUUGCUGUGGCGACCUGCGAUUCGGUGUAUGUUCUAGGAGGAAGGAAUCAAGUGCAUAGCGUCAUACCCAGUAUAGAGAGGUACAACCUGGGCACAAGGUCGUGGCGCCACCACGGGGUCCUGGCGCUGCCGGUCUCCGACGCAUCUGCCGCGGUGGUGGGAUCUAACAUACUAGUGUGCGGUGGGGCACUAUCAUUCGGGGAAUACACGGACGCCAUUCAAUGCUUUGACACAGAGAGACAAACCUGUUCUGUGAUAGCUAAUCUUCCGAUGCAGUGCAGCUUCACCGACAUUGCGUUGCACGAUUCUAUUCUCUAUAUAGUAAGUCCUCGAGGUCAUGUGAUGGAAUAUGAGUACGGCAGGAAUCCCUUAUUACUUGGGAAAGCUCAUACUUCCUCCUUUAUGGAUUUUUCCUGUGUCUACUUCCGAGGUGUGUUGUACAUCGUUGGAGGUACAUCCAAUAAAUCAGAGUCGGCAGAAAUCAGGGCAUUCGAACUAAGCACACAGAAACAAGUUGUUCGCAAAAAUGUGAAUUUGCCAUGGAAACGACUAUCAAACCAAUACUACAGUAUCAUAGGUGGAGUCAGUAGGAAAUAUCUGUGUGACGAAAUAAAGGAUGUGUAGCUUAACAGCACGGUACAUAUAUAUACUGUACAUCCCCGAAUAGAAACUCGUGUUGUUACACUCUCUUAUUUUUACUGCAGCUCUGACAUGCGUAUUUGGCCAUUUGAUUGGUUUCAGGUGGAAGUAACUGAACAUUUGGAAGGCAGAUAACUGUCCUUUGAAAAUCAAAGAAGCGACAUCCGACUUUCAAACCGUUAAAUUUUACCGUUGCAGUAGAUAUAAACUUAUAGGCUUGAAGUAGCAAGGAGUAAGGAGCAAAAGAGUCAGAUGGAGCCAGACAGAAAAGAAGAAAGAUGCCCCUCCCUGUGGGUGGAGCAAGGAAUCGGAGAGAAAAGAAAAAAGAUACCUCUCCCUGUAAUUGAGCACGAAGGAUAUAUAAAGCCGUUACAUUCAAGAAAAUUUCAAAACAUUCACAUGGCUCAAGCUCUAAUCAUUAAACCAUUAAAAGUGAGGACAUUACAAUCAGCACCAUCCUUUCUAAUAGAGUGGAUUGUCAUUUAGGAUACACAAAAAAAAUCACCGUAAAAAAGUGAAAGACGAGGUGAGAGUUUAUUUGAGAGAAGACUGCAAGACAGUUAGCAUAUCAGUAGGGUUUAAAGAGAAUACUAACAGUGUCCGAGAGUCUCCAUUAACUUGCCUAUUUGUUGAAAAAUUAUACCUAUGGAUACGGACAGCGUCAACAUCAGUUCUCAUCCACCUGUAAUACGUCCAUGUCAUCCAUCUUGUGAUCGUGUAGACACAUUUGUUAAUUGGCCGAACCAUUAUCACCAGUCUCCUAGUUACGGGUUUUUCUAUAGAGGUGUCGGAGAUCGUGUCACCUGUAGAGUCACCCUAAAGAAUUGGAACUAUUUCGACGAUAUCAAAACGGAACACGUGAGAUGGUCGAAGGACUGGCUUUUUCAAAAGAUGCGGUUUGUUAGUUAAAUUCUAUAUCACAUUCAUUAAUAUCCCAAUUUGCAACAUUUUCUUUAUAUGUUAAAACCUUCGUAUGAUCAUAAUUGACAUCAACACAGAGUUGUUUACAAAGAGAGUUCAAAAUAUUUUAUUGGAUCAAAUUGUGGAAAAAGCCUAUUGGCAAAUCCUUAAAACGCUGAUGUGUCUGUGUUAUGGUUAUGCCGUAAAAUCUGCGAUAACAUAACUAUUCGUCUGUUCAGGGUGUGAAGAAGGACAUGCCAACUAACUCGGUCAUAGCUGUAUGAUGUUUUCAAGUGAUGAUAGACUGGAAUUGUACUUUGACGAAGCAUUAUCGUCAAUAAAUCAUUUAAAAGUGGAAAAGACCUGGCGCAAUAUUUCCGCACAAUCUUGCAUCCCUUCAGAAACAUUACAAUAUCUUAUGCAAGUUUUAACUGUAAUUUAACUGUAAUGUUCACAUAAUCACCAUUGCGCAAACGUUAACCUAGUUAACGUUUGCACUAUGGUGAGUAUGUGAACAUUACAGUACUAAAACAAAGAAAGACGUAAUAACCGUCGACUUAUAAAUAUAAUGGAUUACUUACUAAAUUUAGUGUAUGCUAACCACAUAUGACGUGCUAUGACAGCUGACGUGGCAGUCGGACUGUUCGAUGUUGUGGACGAUCUAGAAGUAAUCAGAGACUUCAUCAAAGAGGUGAACUGUUGUAAUAUUCCACGCGGUAUUCGAAAUAACUAUUUAUCACAUGUUUGUCGUGCCGAAUGGAAAGAGACUGUGUUGAAAACAGAAACAGACGCCGCUGAGGAGAUUGAUUUAGAUGGAGUAAAGGAAUCGGACUUCAGAAUCAUUUUGGACUCUAUAUACCUAGGAGAAUGCAUUUCAGUGACAAACGUUGAAAGUCUGAUUUCAACGUGCACAUAUUUUCAACUGAAUAGACUACAGGUGCAAUGCGAGAUAAAAUAAUGAAUAUGGCCAAAUCUAUGAUUCGUUUCGAGAAGUGGCUUAUUAAAUUGAAAUGAUACGUGAAUAGUUAAUUUAUAUAUGUUUUAAUGUAUAUAUGUAUAAACUGGCCAA